AUGGUCAAUUUACACUCACUCCCGGAAAACUCGCGACCGGAAAAUGCGUUUCGCAACAAUGGCCCUGCUGAUCUUGUCAUGGAACGAUACAAGCUUCGGGAAUUAGCAGAAGGUUGGCCUUGCUACAGAGAUUCUUGUGAAUGGGAGAACCUCAAGUCGAUAUUUCACCCUGGCGCUUACAUCUACACUUCAUGGACCGGUCGCACGCACUUCGAAGACUUCAUCAGAGCAAGUCAAGCUGGUAUGGACAAGGGAGUCUUCAUCAUGCACAGAAUCCACGGCUCGACAACGGAUAUCAACCCCGAGGCAACUCGUGCUGUAACCAAGAUGAAGGCAACCAUCACUCAACGUUUUGAGUUCGAAGAUGGGAUCGAAGCAGACGCAGAGUCAGAUUGUCGCUUUGUCUUCUUCUGGUCGAAGAAUUCACAGACAGGCGACUGNGGGGCUGACUACGUCCGCCAUUUCUACGAGAAGGACAAGUUGAUUCCUGUGGACCCAAACAGGAUCCCUAAGAUUGACGCCGAAGCAGCCAAGGAAUAUCCCAUCGGGUAUAGAUACCUUGCAUACUGCCAGGAGAGAACUAUGGGAGUCAAGGUGAUUCGAGACUUGCCUGGUCACCGUAGAGAAUCCGGAUCGACUGUUAAUGGCGAGAAGCACGACAUACUAUACAAGCAGAUCAAGGCUUGGAUGGAUGGUGAGAACGUGGAAAUCUAA